GUAUAUAGUUAUGUCCCAACCUGCCAAACAUCAUUGUACAAGUUCUUCCACAGCAUAGUUCCCACGCCAGAGUUAGCGCCAGGCAAAACAACAACAACGGACAUCCGAUCCUGUACGUGACAAUUGGAUGGGAGACAUCGCGCGCCAGCGAUUCCCAGCUGACCUCAGCAUCACAAACGUGACGAUCGCAUGGGAAACAUCUCGCCGUCAUCGAUGGUUCCCAGCUGACCGUAGGGCUAGGUAGGUUACUAGUUUACUAGUUAGGGAAGAUCAGGCAGUGUUAGUUUAGAGCUAGGACAGUGAGGUUCUCUAAAAAGUGUGUUUGACUUGUAAUUUAAAAAUAUUAUAUGUGAAUAAAGGUGAUUAUGGAAGUUAGUUCCUUUUUUUUUAGAAAGUGAUGAAACACUUAUGAGUGGCGCAGUCGAAAAGGCCCACUCUACGUUGAAGAGAAAGUGUUAUCUGGACCAAAAGACAGUGCAACUAGGAACUUGUGAAAACGUUAUUGCGUUCCAUCAGUGCUUAGUGCGUGAAGUGUUUUUUGGAGCUCGACCCUGUAGCUGAGGACGCCCGGAACGGAAUUCAUCGAGAAGACCACACCACCCCUCAACCCGUAGGCGGUUUGCGACGUUCUUUGCCAGAAGCAUCAUUUUCAACGGCUGGAUUCAUCCACUUGAGAGCGGGAGAAUCUAAAAAGAUCCGGACACAAUGCGGUGGAUCCUAUUCGUAAUCCUCAUACUCCCAAUCCUAUCAUCCUAUUUUUUCUUUCCAGCAAACGGCAAGCACUUGGAAAUUACUGAUUUGAAAGACAACCCUGGUGUUGUGGCUCUUAAAGUAGGUAAAGCUUUUGUUAUACAAGGAUACGACUUAUUAGUUCACACAAUUAAAUUAGAUGCAUUCCAUGAAAUUUUACAACAGUAUGGCAUAAUGAUAAAUGAAAUAGAAACAAAUUUUAAUACAAAAGACAUUAGGGAUCUUUUAAAACUGAAAUUUAUUCAAACAAACAUGACAUUUCAGAAACUUAGCUUUCGGAAAAGAUCAAAGAGAGCCAUCAAUAUUCUAGGCACAUUGGUAAAAACAAUAACUGGAAACCUGGAUAAUAACGACCUAAUAACAUUAAAUCAAAACAUUAACUUUUUACAAAAUUCAAAUAAAAACCUCAUUGAGUCAAACAAUCAACAAAUAAAAAUAAACAAUCAAUUUGAAGACAGAAUGAAUAACCUGACAAGAGUAAUAUUUAACGAAAACAAAGAAAUAGGUAAACUCACUAAUCAGAUUAGGGCAAAUAACAACAUAAAGGUCUCCUGGGAACAAAUUCAACAUUUCCAGCGAUUAAUCUUCAACUUGGACGUGGUUCAACGGCAUUUGGAUGACAUCUCGGAUACGAUUGUCAUGGCUAAAGUGGGCGUUUUAUCCAAAAGCAUCCUUGAAGCAUCAGAAAUUGAUUACAUUAUCGGAAAAUUGGAAAAGGCAGGAAUUUCCAUUAUCAGCGAUGAGCAAGUAUACGAAUUUUUGGAACCGGCAGCCUUCUACAACGGUUCAUGCAUUGUGUUUCUCAUUAAAAUUCCAAAAUUCCUACAAGGACCCUACCAACAGAUUAUGGUGGAAAAUAUUCCUAUCAAUGACGAAGUAAUACCGAUCGAUUUCACGCACGCAGUCCUAGGGACGAAUGAAACAUUUGUUGUAAAUGAUACUUGCGUAAACAUUGAACAGAAUAUUAUGUGCAAGUUACACACAAUGAAAAAUGUCUCGGACGAUAUGUGCAUUCAUCGAUUACUAAGAGGGAAUCCCAGCAGCUGUCCAUUCAAAAAAUACAACAUUAUUCGAGAAAUCAAAUCAAUUGGAAGCGGAAAAAUCCUCAUUAAAAAUGCACAUCCAACUGUGCAAUUGAAAAACAGUUGUGGUUUUGGCCCAAAAAACCUAACUGGAUCACUACUUAUCACUUUUAGGAACUGUUCCAUCCAAGUGGACAAUAAAUCAUUUGAAAACACCCAAUUCGAAUACAGCAACACUUUGGAGAUUCUCCCACUGCAGUCAACCUUGAUCAACAAGUCAAAAACUAUUACAACAGAAACACAAACCUUGCAAGAACUACACAUAAACAAUAGAAAACGAAUUGAAUUUUUGGAAACAACCAAUAGUCAUGUUUCAUACGGAGGCACUUUCACAAUGGUCAUCUUUCUAAUAAUAUUUCUUUACCUUUUCAAAGAAAUAAGGACAAUCUGGACGAAAAUUGUAAUCAAAGCAUCUACACCUACAACUUCCAACAUCGAGUUGAACCGGGGCGGUUCAAGCUAGGAAGGGGGGAGUUAUGUCCCAACCUGCCAAACAUCAUUGUACAAGUUCUUCCACAGCAUAGUUCCCACGCCAGAGUUAGCGCCAGGCAAAACAACAACAAUGGACAUCCGAUCCUGUACGUGACAAUUGGAUGGGAGACAUCGCGCGCCAGCGAUUCCCAGCUGACCUCAGCAUCACAAACGUGACGAUCGCAUGGGAAACAUCUCGCCGUCAUCGAUGGUUCCCAGCUGACCGUAGGGCUAGGUAGGUUACUAGUUUACUAGUUAGGGAAGAUCAGGCAGUGUUAGUUUAGAGCUAGGACAGUGAGGUUCUCUAAAAAGUGUGUUUGACUUGUAAUUUAAAAAUAUUAUAUGUGAAUAAAGGUGAUUAUGGAAGUUA